GUGUAAUGAUUAUAUUGAUAAGCAGGUGUGUCAAAAAUGUCAAAAUUGAAAGUAGCAGUCGAACCGAAAAAACUCCAGCAAGUCUACCUGCUGCCGUUCGUCAAGUCGCUAAAAAUAUUCUCGUUUUUCGGCAAUGACACGUUGCGCCAAUCGGCCUGGAUGCGGAAAUUCUCGGCACGGCCGGACGAGGACGUCGCGACGCGUCUGGACCGGCUGCACGAGCGUCGCCGGCACGACGAGGUGCUGGAGCUGGUGCGGCGGAGGAGCGAGCGCGACGAGGAGCCCGGUUUGCUGUGGAGAAAGGCGCGCGCUCUGUUUUUCCUGGGCUCCUCGGAGCCCCGGGGCAGCGACGCCCGCUUGAGCAGGAUCGUCGAGGCGCACGAGGCUUUAGAAUCCGCAUUGCUAUCGAGAGGCGAUGAGGACCCGGAGGUGCACAAAUGGAUGGCGAUCGUUUUGGACGAGCGCAGCGGUUUGAUAAAUUUGAGGCAGCGCUUGAACGCGGCUCCGAUGGUGAAAUACCAUUUGCGGAGAGCGUGCGAUUUGAAUCCCAGAGACUUCGAAGCGCAUUACAUGCUGGGCACAUGGUACUAUCAGUUGUGCCGAUUGAAUUGGGUCCAAAAAUUGAUUGCCAAAUAUUUAAUAACGUGCGAACUGCCUAAUUCUAGUUACAAACAAGCUUACAAGUAUUUACUGCAAGCUCACGAACUGCGACCUAGGGCAAUGCUGUCGAAUGUGUUCUUUCUCGGCGAUACUUGUUUUCAAAUAGGACACUAUUUCAAGGCUCGAUACUAUUUGAAUAUGGCGGUGGAUUUGAAGCCUCGGGACGAUGAGGAAAGACGGUUUUUGGCGAAAGCCCUACAUUUAAUAAAGAAACUCGACAGAUAUGAUUUGUCUAAAAAUAACGUGUUGUUUUACAAUUACGAAUCUCAAUCGUUCAAUGACGUAUAAUUUGCG